AUGGCUCCGUCGAGUCCAAGAGCAGUGGUGAAGGUUGAUUUGAAGAAGAAGCCAUGGCAACAGACUCAGCCACUUCAUAAUAGAUGGCAUCCUGAGAUAUCAUCAGUUGCACAAGUUAAGUCCGGUGAGUUUUUCAGAGUCGAAAUGAUUGAUGCAAUGGGAGGUAUCGUUAAAGACGAUGAUUCUGCAGGCGAUAUUAAGUACGCAGAACUUUCAACUAGUCAUCACCUGAGUGGACCGAUUAGAGUUGUGGAUGAAGAUGGUGUUGCAGCUAAGCCUGGUGAUCUUCUUGUUGUUGAGAUAUGUAACUUAGGUCCUUUACCAGGAGAUGAAUGGGGUUACACUGCUUCGUUUGACAGAGAGAACGGUGGCGGUUUCUUGACCGAUCAUUUCCCUUGUGCGACUAAAGCUAUUUGGUACUUUGAAGGGAUCUAUGCUUACUCUCCUCAUAUUCCUGGAGUACGGUUUCCGGGUUUGACACACCCAGGAGUCAUUGGUACCGCGCCAUCGAUGGAGCUCUUGAGAAUAUGGAAUGAAAGGGAAAGACAAUUAGACGAGAGUGGUCACGAGUCCCUAACACUAUGUGAGGUUGUGCAUCAGAGGCCACUAGCAAACCUACCAACAACUAAAGGAUGUCUACUCGGGAACAUUGGAAAAGGAACACCGGAAUGGGAAAGGAUUGCGAACGAGGCUGCAAGGACAAUACCAGGAAGAGAAAACGGAGGAAACUGUGACAUAAAAAACUUAAGCAGAGGCUCUAAAAUAUAUCUCCCAGUGUUUGUAGAAGGUGCUAAUCUAAGCACUGGUGAUAUGCAUUUCUCGCAAGGCGAUGGUGAGAUCUCGUUCUGCGGGGCCAUCGAGAUGAGUGGAUUUCUAGAACUCAAGUGUGAAAUCAUAAGGAACGGGAUGCAGGAGUACCUUACGCCAAUGGGACCGACCCCUCUCCAUGUAAACCCAAUCUUUGAGAUAGAUGCAACAGUUGCUUACAAACGAGCAGUUCUCAACGCCAUUGACUAUCUCUUCAAAUUCGGUUACUCGAAAGAACAGGUAUACCUCUUACUCUCAUGCUGUCCAUGCGAAGGAAGAAUCUCCGGGAUAGUCGAUUCUCCAAAUGCUGUUGCUACACUUGCAAUACCCACUGCCAUCUUUGAUCAGGAUAUACGACCAAAGACUGGAAAGGUUCCAGUAGGACCUCGGAUAGUGAGGAAACCAGACGUUCUAAAGAGUACAUACGAUGGUAAACUUCCAAUCACAAAGAAUCCAAGUUCCUCGACAUAG